AUGAUUCGCAUCGAGGAUCAGGAGCAGGCCAAGAGCCACUCAUCUAGCUCGCCCGGGGGCGUUCCACAGUCGAAACUGGUCUUCUCUCCUGAGAUCGCGAGGGCGAUGAAGUUGGCCUUGGGGAUAACGGGUAAUCACCUCGCCUUUCUCGAUCACGAUAGUUGGGUUUGCACCGUCGACGUCACCAGUAUGCUGUCCCCACCGACAGUUCACCGCACGCUCUUAAAUGGGGGCGAUGGAGGAGAGAUCCGUCAGGAAACGGUGAUACACUUCUACCUGCCCAAGGACUGGUUAGGUGCCAGGACCGCUUACAUAUCAAUCAUGAAUCGCGACGGCACGGUGUUCUGUCCCAAGCAGGCAGACGUGGCUAUCAUGAGGGAUGGGCUGUUAUUGUAA